AUGGAACUGGUAUCAUGGCUGGGAUUAAAUGCCUAUUUAUUUAUUGACACAUAUAUCUGGUAUGAAAAGGCAGAUUCCUACCUCUAUACACGAGUAAUAUUGGGUUCUACUUUAGCAUGGGCAAGAGCUUCUGCAAUGUGUCUGAACUUCAACUGCAUGCUGAUUCUGGUGCCGGUCUGUCGAAAUUUUGUUUCUCUCCUCAGAGGAACAAGUGUAUGUUGCAGAGGAGAUGUAAGAAGACUGCUUGACAAAAACAUUACAUUUCACAGGCUUAUUGGCUAUAUGAUCACACUUCAUGCAGCUGUCCAUAUUGUCGCACAUUUGAUCAACAUACAGCGCUAUCACAUGAGUCAAUCAAUAGAUGCUGGAAGUCUCUGUAACCUACUAUCAUACAUUGGAAACCAUUCUAAUGAGAGCUACUUAAAUCCUAUUAGAAGCUACAACACGAACAUUACAAAAGAAGUACUUGUCUCACUAGCUGGUAUCACUGGUUUUGUCAUCACGCUGGCUUUAGUCCUAAUUGUAACGUCAUCUACAGAGCUCAUAAGAAGGUCAUUCUAUGAAGUAUUCUGGUAUACUCAUAAUCUGUCCAUUAUUUUUUUCAUUGGACUUAUUAUACAUGGUGCAGGACAGGUAGUUCGUGGCCAGACACCACAAAGCAUGUUAUUACAUAAUCUUUCAUAUUGUAAAGACCAUUAUUACGAGUGGGGAGAUACUACACAAUGUCCUUUACCACAAUUUUCUGGCAGCAAACCAUCGACUUGGAAAUGGGUUGUUUGUCCUUUGCUGUUAUAUGCUUGUGAAAGGGUAAUUCGUUUUUGGAGAUCUAAACAGCAAGUUGUCAUCACAAAGGUUGUUUCUCAUUCAUCUGAAGUUCUAGAAAUUCAAAUGAAGAAACGUGGUUUUGCAAUGGAGCCAGGCCAGUAUAUUUUCCUUCAGUGUCCUGCUGUAUCACACCUAGAGUGGCAUCCAUUUACACUAACUUCAGCUCCAGAAGAGUCAUUCUUCAGUGUCCAUGUGAGGGCUGUUGGAGACUGGACAAAAAGACUACUUGAAGAAUGUGGGGCAAACAAAAAUCUGUGUUUGGAGCCGUGGCAGUUGCCAAGACUGGCUGUAGAUGGACCUUAUGGAUCAGCAACAACCAAUUUAUUUCAUUAUGAAGUCGGUGUAUGUAUUGCAGCUGGGAUUGGAGUCACGCCAUUUGCAUCAGUGCUGAAAUCUGUUUGGUACAAGUACUGCUGUUCACACAGUGAAAUGAAGCUGAAAAAGAUCUACUUUUAUUGGAUUUGUCGGGAUACUCAUUCUUUUGAAUGGUUCACUGACCUGCUUAACUCUUUAGAAGAACAAAUGUCAGAGAAAGGCAAAACAGAUUUUCUUAGCUAUCAUCUUUUUCUCACUGGAUGGGAUGAUAAUCAGGCUUCACACAUAGCUUUUCACUAUGAAGAUUACCUUGACGUAAUUACUGGUCUCAGACAUAAAACGAAAUAUGGAAGACCAAUCUGGCAUAAAGAAUUUAAAUAUGUAGCAGACAGUCAUCCAAGUAACAGCAUUGGAGUAUUCUUCUGUGGACCAAAAUCACUUUCUAAAGUCCUCAACAGUAUGUGUCGUUUACAUUCAUCAUCUGAUCCAAGAGGAGUCCAUUUUCAUUAUAAUAAGGAGAGCUUUUAAUUGCCAUAUAGAAAUUACUUUUUGUAUACAUAAUGUCUUAUUUUUAAACAAAUACAAAACCUUCGUUGGUUCCAAUAGAGCAAAGAAAUUUAAUAUUGGAAACAAAUUAACCUGGUAAUAGAUGUGAGUGUUUGCUAUUCAGGGGUGGUGUGAAAAGAAGACAUUCAGAAGGUUGACAUUUAGAAUGACAACAGGUUCUGAAUGUUGACAUGGCAUUUAGUUUGAAAACCAAUAUGUCAACAUCAUUAAUGUCAACAUUUAACAUAUCGACGCCAGAAAGUUGACGAACAGUUUUAUGCUUAUUUUAGUCUUAAUCUAUCCCAAACCCCUAAACCUAACCCAAAAUCUAAACAUAACCCUAAACCUAAUCCAAAACCUAAAUGUAACCCUAAACCUAUCCUAAAACCAAAACGUAACUAAACCUAAAAUUAAGCAAUAAACUGUAUGUCAACAUAUGGUGCCAACAUGUUGAAUGUUAACAUUAUAAACAUGUUGACAUUUUAACCAUGUUAACUUUUUCAAUGUCAACAAAUUAUAUGUCAACCUAAAGUCCUGGUCGACAUUCAGAAUGUGUUGACAUUCUGGCAUCAACCUCUUGAACAUCGAACUUCUGAAUGGAUACCAUUUUUACAAGUUAUAGCCCUUUCCUGAUCAAUUUCAAUACAAAAUACCCAGGUAUCACAUUGAUCAGGUAAAUAAGUACUCCAUGUACUGUAUUUGGGAUUUGCACAGUUGUGAGUGGUCAUCUGUAGGCAGUUUGACUUUAUCAGCCAUAAAGACUCAAGGGCUGAUGAAAAGUUGAAUAUACAUCUGCCUGCAGACCUUGUCUUGGAGGAUUACCCAAAGUUUAGACACAAAUGAAAAGUGACACCAGUGGUUAGUGAUUAGUGAAAAUCACAGAGAUUAAAAAUGGUGUGUAUAAAGGACCUCAUUCCGAGUUGUUCGCUCGCUAGCUGCUUUUAGCAGCAUUGCAAACGCUAGGCCGUCACCCUCUGGGAGUGUAUUUUAGCUUAGCAGAAUA